GUUCAGCCCCUUGCUGUCCAUCCACCGUCCACGGGCUCUCCCCUCUCUUCCGAGCCCAACGUCAACUCCCCCCGCUACUCCGACCAGUCGGCAGAUGGCUCUCCCGACCCCGGUGUGCCCAGCACCGCCGACCGCUCCCCCCCUGACAAGGACCGCUCGUCCUCCAACAGCGUCAAGGACGAUGACGCUGACUACCAGAUUCAGACGGAGGACGACGAAUCAAUGAGCGAGCUGACCGACGCGGACGGUGAGGGCGGCCUCCCAGCCAUCGCCCUUGCCACUGCCUCAGCGAACGACGUCGCGGGCAAGCGGAAGCGCGUGGAGGCCACUGCUGCUGAGGCAGCUAAACUCGAUCCUGAGCUGUAUGGUUUACGCCGAUCCAACCGCACUGAGCAGGCGUACCAAACACCCUCAUCCCCCUCAGAUGUUGACGAGGAGUCUGACGACUCGGACAGCCGUGAGACGUCCCGUCGACCAACGAAGAAGAGCAAGAAGGCUGGGUCUAGCAAACCCAAGCCUCGACCAAAGCUUCCUGUACGGGCCAAAUCACCAUCAGAUGAUGACAGUUACCACCCCAAUGCGCGUGAGGCUGCACGUCUCAGCGCCAACCAGAAGAAGGUGCCAAACUACAUCGAAGAGCUGUCCGACCAUGUGGAGGAUUACUCAGAGUCUGAGGUUGGGCAAUGGGCACCGCAGGAAGAUGCUGAACUAGAAGACAGUCACGAGAUUGAGAGCGUCUGGGGUUGGGAGCGCGACGAAACUCGCAUUGACGAUCCCGAAGAUCUCCCAUACGAAAACCUGCGCUUCCACAUAAAGUGGAAGAGCUUCUCUCAUCUUCACAACACUGAGGAGACCUACGAGUUCCUCAAGCGCUUCAAGGGCCUGAAGCGUGUGGAUAACUUCAUUAAGCAGGUGCUGCAGCCGUACAACCAUGUUUUGAAGCAUGGUUCUCGGGAAGAGGUGGAAGCUGUUCAGAUCGACCGUGUGCAGAAGCUAGAAGAAAGUGAAGGUUUCAAGACAAUAGAGCGGAUCCUGUCCGAUAGGCAGGGUGAGGAAGAGAUCGAGUAUUUCUGCAAGUGGAAAGGAUUGCAGUACCAGGACUGCACUUGGGAAACCAAGAAAAACCUUGACCAAUUGGAAGAUGGCGUGAAGGCCAUCGAUCAGUAUAGCGCAUUUAUUCACACCCCCUAUGCUCCUCAGAGGAGCGAGCACUACCCCACGGGUAGUCGUCCUGGGUACAAACCGAUGAAGGAAGAUCCGGGAUAUAUCAAGAGAACCGGCGGACAGCUUAAGCCUUUCCAGCUGCAUGGCCUGAACUGGCUGCAACAUCUUUGGUCCAAGGGAGAGAAUGGUAUCCUGGCCGACGAGAUGGGUCUUGGCAAGACUGUUCAAACUGUCACUUUCCUAUCAUGGCUUGCACACAGCCGCCACCAGCACGGUCCAUUUUGUGUGGUCGUCCCAUUGUCCACCCUGCCUGCCUGGUGCGAUCAGUUUAACGCCUGGGCGCCUGAUCUGUACUGGGUUGUCUGGUACGGUAGUGCGCGCUCUCGCGAGGUAAUCCGAGAGUAUGAGUUCUACACGGGACCAAAAGGCAACCGGAAGCCCCGCUUUAACGUGCUCAUCACUACCUACGAGUACAUCCUCAAGGACCGCGAUACUCUGCAGGGUAUCAAGUGGCAGGCACUCGCCGUAGAUGAGGCGCAUCGGCUGAAGAACAGCGACGCGCAGCUUUACGAGACGUUGUUUGGCUUCAACUGUGCGUUCAAGCUGCUCAUUACCGGCACACCCCUGCAGAACAGUAUUAAGGAGCUGCUAGCCCUCAUGCACUUCCUCGCUCCUCAGCACUAUUCUCUGACCACUGCUGACGAGUACGAGCACGCGACACCGGAAGAACAGCAGAAGUUCAUCGAGCAGCUGCAGGAUCAAUUGUCCGGCAUGAUGCUCCGCCGGUUGAAGCGGGAUGUUGUUAAGGAUAUGCCGACAAAGUCUGAACGUAUUCUUCGCGUGGAGAUGUCAGCUUUGCAGCGACAUUACUACAAGAACAUCCUGACGAAGAACUUCGUUGUGCUCAAGAACAAGGGGCCCAGCGGCGGCCCGGGUCCUCAGAUCAGUUUGCUCAACAUUGCCAUGGAGCUGAAGAAGGCUGCCAACCACCCCUACCUCUUCGACGGUUGCGAGGAACAUUCUGACAACCCGGAAGAACAGCUCAAAGGCAUCGUCAUGUCGAGUGGGAAGAUGGUCCUUCUUGACAAACUCCUGCAUCGCUUGAAGACCGACAGUCACCGUGUGUUGAUCUUCAGUCAAAUGGUUAGGCUCUUGGAUAUCCUUUCUGACUACCUCACGAUGCGUAACUACCAGCAUCAGCGCCUUGAUGGUACUGUCUCGUCGGAGAUCCGUCGGAAAGCGAUUGAACAUUUCAACUCUGAAGGCUCACAGGACUUCGUCUUCCUGCUCUCUACACGUGCUGGUGGCCUUGGGAUUAACUUGGAGACUGCAGAUACCGUGAUCAUCUUCGAUAGCGAUUGGAACCCGCAGAAUGACUUGCAGGCGAUGGCUCGCGCCCAUCGUAUUGGCCAAAAGUCUCAUGUCAGCGUGUACCGUUUUGUCAGCAAAGACACUGUCGAAGAAGAUGUUCUCCAAAGGGCAAAGGCGAAGAUGGCCUUGGAAUAUGCCGUCGUCGGCCAAACUGACACUUCUGGCUUCACGGAAGACAAGAAGAAGAAGAAGGGCGAGGCUUCCAAGGACCAGUCAGAUCCUCGUAACAUGGAUAAGGAAGAGCUGAGCGCAAUUCUCAAGUACGGCGCACAAAACAUGUUCAAGAGCGACGAUUCCCAGCAAACCCAAAAGCUGGCGGAGUUGGAUCUGGACGACAUCCUCAAGCAUGCCGAAGACCACGAGACGGAGGCCGCUGCCGCUGUUGGAUCUUCUUCGUUCGGCGGUGCAGAGUUUCUCCAAUCAUUCUCCGCCAUCAGCGACGUCAAGGCCGACAUCGAGUGGGAGGAUAUCAUUCCCUUAUCCGAACGUGAGAAGGCCGACAAGGAGAAGGACGAAGAAGAGCGCAAGAAAGAAGAGCAGAGGCAGGCUCAGGGUCGGAAGAGGGCAGCUGCUCAGGUCGCACCUGGCACGUAUGAGAUUGAUGGUCUUGCUCCCAGCCCCCCGGCUGGGAAGAAGGCAAAAGGUGCCUCGAAAGCUGGCAGUGCCAAUGGUGCUCAACGAAAAACAGCCGCUCAAAAGUCGAUGGAGUUAAAGGAGCGCGAUAUCCGAGUCCUGAUCCGUGGACUGCAGAAGUGGGGCGACAUCAGGCUGCGCUUCGAAGAUGUCGUCAAAGAGGCACGGUUAGAUGAUAAGAACCGCGAAGUUCUCAUUCAGACUGCCGAAGAAGUUCUCAAAGUCUGUGAAGAUGCAAUCGACAAAAAUAGACAGGAACGGGCUGCCCGCCAGGAAGCGGGAGAAGUCGUUCUACCUCUUCAGAAGAGCAAGGCUGUUCUUGUUGCGUACAAAGGCGUCGCCAACAUCAACGCCGACACCGUGGUAUCUCGCAUUCGCGACUUGUCCCUGCUACAUAAAGAGCUGGACAAGGUGACCGACCCCUAUACCUGGCGCAUUCCUGCCGAGCAUCUUCGCCCAACUCUCAACUGGAACAACAAGUGGGGCCCGGAAGACGAUGCGAUGCUCUUGGUCGGCGCUUGGAAGCAUGGGUUUGGUAAUUGGGAAGCCAUCCAGGCCGACCCGGCAUUGAAUCUUCACGGCAAGUUCUUCCUUGAAGAAGACAAGAAGGCUGCUGGAAAAGGAGAAGGCAAGCACAGCGCGGCUGAUUCUUCUCAAAUCGACGCCACUCAGCCUGUCGAUGCCAACAAGCUGAUCCCCAAUGCUAUUCAUUUGGUUCGCCGGGGCGAUUACCUUCUAAACGUCCUCAGAGAACAGCAGGAGAAUAUGAAGGCUAUGCAGGCUACUCUGCGCGGUGCAAAGCUGGCACCAACUCCGAAGGCAAAGCCGGAGGCGCCGCCGCCGCCCGCUCCAGCGUCUUCUUCGAAGAAACGGCGUGCAACACCAGAGCCUGCAAAUGGAGAUCAACCGAAAAAAAAGCAAAAGAGGCGACCAACGCCGACCUACACGGAUUCAGAGUCAUCCGACGCAGAGUGUGAAUCGAUGGAUGAAGCUGCUACUAAGGAAGAGCUUCGACCGGUCAAAACAUUCCUUAAGCGGCUACGGCACAAUGAUGAUGAAGAUCAAAGUCGUGAGGAGAAAGUGCGCCAUCUCAAGGAAUGUCUUUCCAACAUUGGCGGUCGCAUCGACCAAGUAAUCGCGAACAAGACAGCUGCCGGGCAGGAUGCAGGGAAGUGGAAGAAGCAUUUGUGGAUUUUUACCACCUACUUCUGGCCACGAGAGCACGUUAGCUGGAAGAAACUCGAGGCGAUCUACUCCAAAAUGGCCGAGGCCGCACGUCCAACCGUAAAGCGAUCAUCUGAGUCUGCCGAUGUAGAUGAUCGUGAUGUGAAACGCCGCAAGCUCGGCGGUGACAAACCUAACGGCAGCGGCAAAGGCACGCCGAAAACAAAUGGACAUUCUGCAUCUGUGAAGAAAGAACCGAAGGUUAACGGACAUUGAUAUCCUGGCUCUGAGCUGCCCUCCCAACUCUUCGAAGUUGUUACAUAGGAUCCCUGUUGUACGUUGCAGGGCUGUAUUGUUUCCUUUCAGAUUUAUCUGGUUUUUUCACCCUUAAUGGUCUGAAUGCCUGUGGUGUAUAACGUGUAUUAUUACUGGUAUUGUGCAAUCAAUCUGCUCUAGCUGAGCCCCCUCUCAGACAGUUGGUGCACCGUGCACUCGUACAUCCUCGCAGAUUCCCCCAACAAUCUCAAUUCUGAAGAUAGGACCAUCGUGCGCUAAGCCUUCCAGUCGAACUGAACAAUAAUCUAUCGCAUCGCCCGCGUUGCCAAUAAGAUCGUCCAACCACUUCCUUCCCUUCUCGGGGAUCAUUCCAUCAUCCUCUCCCCACCAUGCUUCGAUAGUGACUUUAUCAUUUCUCUCCCCGUAGACCCUCGCGAUGUCUUCCCAGAUCUUGUGAUACCAGGCCUCAUUCACAGGUCCUCGACGACCUAGGCAUAGCAGGUAGUCCUGUGAGGUGCCUUGAAGUGACUCUGAUAUCGCACAACGAUAUAGUAGCUUGUCGACCUCCGGCGGUGCAGCGAAUUUCUUGUGAAAAGGCGGUUUAGGGUGGUACUUCUCGCCUUCCUUUCUGAACCGGUCCGGUAAGACCCACGCCUCGUCCUCUUGUUUCUCUUUCUCUCGUUUGUUGGGAAACAUCAGCCCGCUGGAGAAGGAGAAAGCAGAAUCCAUCCCCCUCAUGACUGGAAAAAGAGCGGGAAGGAUAUUGUGUUGUGUACCGACGAGGGAGGUAGGGAACAGCUGGAGGCCGAAUUGAGAAGAAAUCGAAGUGGGUACCCAUCCAGAGACCAUGUACACCCGUGGGGAUGGUCCAACAACGUCAGGGUAGUUGGCGAGGAGGUGGAACAUGUACAUAGCACCAGCCGAAUGCGAUAGCAGAGAUACAUUCUUGAUGCCCAAGUAUUCCAAUACGCUGACGGCAUGCUUACAGGAAAUGUCAAGCCUCUCUUCAGUCUUGCAUCUAUCUGUCCCGCCCAUGCCCGGACGAUCAACCGUGAUCAGCCUGACCCCCAUCUUCCUCACCAGCAGCUCUACGUUUGGUCCGCCAACAUAACGCGAGCAGAAAGACGGUGGACAAAACAAGAUCGCAGGUGUAUUGCUCGCUCCUGCCACGGAGAAAGAAACGCGCAUGUUGGUGCGGGGACAUUGGAUGAAUUGAUGAAAGGCGCCGUUUCCUACGAAGUCGAGAGCAGAUGUUAGGGAGGGUUCGUCGAAUAUCAGGGGCGGCAUCGUAGCCUCGUUGGACGCUCCGCCGACACCAAAGGGAAUAUCC